ACGUUGUUAGUAGCCGCCUGCCAUGUCAGCUUGCAGCACGUUCGCUUAACAACAUUAUAACACUAGUAAUUAUUAAUUAACAUGGCUGAUCACGCUGACAGUACUGAACCGGAAACGGUAGAAAUAACAAUCCGCCUAGCGCGCCCCGAGGACAUGAAGAUUGUCCAUGAAAUGAUACAAGAGUUGGCUGUAUAUGAAGGAGUUCCCGAUGGUCCCAAACUAACAGUGGAGGAUCUGGUGGAAGAUGGUUUCAACAGUGAACACCCCUGGUUCUUCGUGCUGUUGGCCGAGAAAGGCAACGUAGUGCUGGGGUCGGCGCUAUGCAACCGCGCGUAUUCGAGCUGGUCUCGCCGCGCCUUUUACAUCGAGGACCUCUUUGUGCGGCCCGCGGCGCGUCGCCAAGGCAUCGGUCUUAUGCUCAUGCGGGAGCUCAGUCGGCGGGCGGUGAUGGAGGGAGUAAACCGUAUAGACUGGCACGUGUUGAAGAGUAACACCACCGCGUUGGCAUUCUACAACCGACUGGGUGCGCGCGACCUGCGCGUCACCGAGGGUCGUACGGCGCUGCGCCUGGACCGCGACUGCAUCGAGGCUCUCGCUUCAGGAAGCUAAAAUACUUAUUAAUACUACGAUAAUUAUUAUUAUUUCACUGCGAGGCAAGUUCUUGGCAGUGUUCUUCCGAGGUGUAGGUAUAUACUCGUAUAUGUACUUAUAAGCGGAUAUGGAGGAAGGCAGAUUUUAUCGGCAUUGGCUACCAUAGUUUUAUAUUAAUCGUACCAAUUUGUGGGACCAAAGUAAGUCGACUUAUUUUCCCUUUUGUGUUAUUUUUAUUAGUUACAUAAUUCGGUUAUAUACAGCACAGGUUACAUUACAGUAUGCAGCAUAAAGGAUGACUCACGUUAGACCGGGCCGUGGCCUGGCCGGAGCUUCCGGAGCUUCGUUAUCUAUAGAAACCACCACGUGGUCACCGAUCAGCCGUCAUAGAAAAUGACAUGUCAGACGCCGCGGCCCGGGUACGGCCCUAUCUAGUGUGAGUCAUCCCUAAGUUGCCAAGCGGCGAAGUAUUCAAAAUUACAUUACUGUACCCAACUUUAUUUUUAUAAUAAUGAGGGUGUGUAGGUCAUUUUCAGCAACUCACCAAUACGUAAUAUGAUACCCACCGCUGGUGCACUAUCGACUGCGACGAAAACAAACAGAGAACGCACGCAAAUGAAAACAAACGUGGACGGUUCACUUAUUUCGUGAAUAGGUACACUUGGUGAUCCUUUUGGCGGAACUUUCUAGCCGUGAGUUUGUAUUUAUCUAUAAGUAUAGAAACCGGUGGGCUACACUGUGCAUCGGUUGAGGUCAUGGAACCUCGUGCAUGAGGUUCCUCGGACCUCAUGCACGAACCACAUAUAAAUUAUUCACGCUUGAAAAAAAAAUCUUUUCACCUAUAUUUUCAGAGUGCUUAGAAUUAAUUUGAAGAUGUGGACUCAUUGUAGAGCUUUAAGUUAUAAGUGCCAACUUACCUACUUUAUAUUUAAGUACCUAAGUAUUGCGCUCUGUGAUAAAUGUGAAGAAGAUGAAUAAAGAUUAAUCGACUAAAUAUAUGUGUUCACUCUAUCAUAGUUAUGGAAGGCUUUAUUUAUCAUUUUUAUAAAAUUAAAAAAGCCAAAAAUUUAUAAAUAAAAAAUAAAUGUGGUCAGUACUAUAGGUAUACAUAUGUAUGUAUAUAGCAGAUCAUGCAAUUGUACCUACAUAAUCAAAUAAAUAUUUUGAUAGCA